CCGUGUUCACUGUUGUUCAGAGUUGCUAAAUUCUCAGUGGAAUUUCCCCUUGCAGUAGCUUCGCAAUUCAGAUCAUUGUUCCUUCGCUUCCGUCGAUACGGUUGACGCACCACCACACGCCAUUCCAACGCCCUGCCUCAUCGCGCUCGCGAACCGCGCCUCUAUAUGUUCCACAGGACCUAGAGCAAGGCUUUCGCAAAACGUCGCCACUGCCGGAACCCGUUCCGUUUUCCGUGGAAUCUUGCUUCAAAAGCUUCAACUGCGUCGCUCCUCAUCCCUUCGAUCUUCGAAAGAUAACCAGGUGUUCGCUCGUUCACAUUACCCAUACCAUCUUGGACAUUCCACCCUCCUAGACCUGCCGUUUAAUACGACAGAAUGGCCUCGAGAUCUACCGUGUACCGGCGAGGCGGAUCCAAAGACGCCUUUCAAUCACCGGCGAUGGCUCCCUCAACGGCGAUGAUGUCGACUCUGUCUCCUUACAACAUGGAAGCCCGAAGGAACUCGGACGUCUCAUCGUUGUCUCUUUCGUCGUUCACAACUUAUUCAUCCGACUACUCGAUGCCGCCAACUCCAAUUUGCGGACGAAGCCCUUUUAGCACUGAGAGCUUCGAAGCGACGACCCUUGAUCUGAUUCCUGAACAGUCGAUCCAUAUGCUUCCGAUUGACUUUCAUCAGAUGAAAGCAUCCAACUUUGAUCAGUCCUUGACCGGACCAUGGCCUUUCCCUGAUAAUUCGAACCAUAUGGAGCAGGCCUUACCCAUAAGGACGAACGAAGCUUUCCCAUCGCAUGCGAGUUACUUGCAGACGCAGACGGGAACCUACACUGGCCUGGAGACAACUACAGCCGCUGCAUCUCAUCCAUGGUGCGGCUCCGCUGGCCCUACAUACACAAACUUUGAUGGUCAUAUGGACGUAGACGUACUCGAUGUCGGCUCCAGUGGGUCAAUGCAUUCCAUGUGGCAUCUUCCAGUCCACCAAAUGCAGGAAGUAGCCCAACCAACAAUCGUACCGUGCGAAGCCAUGCUCAGCGAAGACUACGUUCACGUAGACACGGACCCCGAGAUGGUUUCAGACUCAUACGAUGACACAGACGUGCCGCUACCACCGUCGCCACAGCAUGUUGUGUUCAAACAGGAGUCAAGUCCAACUUGGGUCAAGCCGGAGCCUGAGUCAUCCGAGGAUGAGAGGUGCCUCAAGCGAUCUAUCUACGAAACGCGCACAGGUGGCAAGUCAGUGAAGAAGGAGCCGCGAUUGAGCAACGUGCCAAAGAGGAAGAUGAAGGUCAAGAAGCCAAAGUCGCGAUCCGUCCUUUGGAAGAUGGAGGAUGGAAAGAUCGAGUCGCACAUGGCUGCUGUGUUCCAAGGAGCGGACAACAAAUGGCAAUGGACCGAUCAACAACCCCGCAAGAAACUGUAUUGCAAGUUCCCAUACGAUGACGACGACGAGACCAUCGCAGACAACCAUCCCGAGAUUUGCGGGAAGUCCUUCUUGAGGCCUGAACAUCGACAGCGCCACCGGAAAACUCAUUGUCCCGACAAGGACUUCCCUUGUCUGCUUUGCGAAAAGAGCUUUAACCGCAACGACAACUGCUGGGCGCACGGAUUUACUCAUGUUCACCGACCAGGAAAGAAGGACGGCCGCAAUGUCAAGUUCUCACUUCGCCAAGUCAUCUCGGUGAUCUCAGACCCGAAACAUAUCGAGAAGUUGCUUAAUGACUGGAAGAAGGAGGUGGGUAGUGAUUACAACCCGGAGAUCGAGGAGGAUGAUCACCCCGAAUUCCAGGAAAAAGUGGAGCGAAACGGCAGGAUGGAGUACGUUUUCGUUUAUGAGGCACAGGAAGCGGUUGACAAGAUUCGCUCUCUUAGCCAGUAGGUGAUGUAAAGGCGAUGCUCAUACAGACUUUUAGGUCUUGGUUCGUCCGCAACAGCAGCGGUUGUUGUACAAAAAUAGCAUUUCAUUGUGUUGCGGGGAUUGGGUUGGCUCAUGUCUGUUUUUGCGAUACUGUUUUGCCUAGGCAUUCUAUCAGUAUUACGCUCUUCUUGUAUUUUAGCUAGUUUGCAUGUAUGCACGUAAUGUAUGAGGUAAUGACACACUUUUACG